AUGCUGCCGGUGCUGACCCCAAGCCAGAUGAGUGAAUGGGUCGCCGCCAAGAUGAGAGCUGUCGGGAUCGACGUCACACUCAAACCUCUUGGCAAGCAAACGGGCACCGACCUUGAGCUUCCGCCCUUGGUGCUGGGACGAUACGGCAACGACCCCCAAAAGCCGACAGUCCUCGUGUACUGCCAUUACGAUGUCCAACCCGCCUCCCUCGAGGACGGCUGGAAGCACGAGCCGUUCGUGAUGACGGUCGAGGACAACGGCAGGCUCUGCGGGCGCGGCACUUCGGACGACAAGGGCCCCCUGAUCGGGUGGAUCAACAUGAUCGAGGCGUUCCAAGAGGUCGGCGUCGACGUGCCGGCGAAUCUGGUCUUCUGCUUCGAGGGCAUGGAAGAGAACGGGUCUUUCGGUCUCCGGGAGGCCCUGGAGGAGGAGGCGGACAAGUACUUCGCCGACGUGGACGUCGUCUGCAUCGCCGACGUCGUGUGGGUCAGCGACGAGCAGCUCAGCAUCCCGCAGGGCCUGAGGGGCAUCAUCUUCUACCUGGUGACCAUCACCGGCGCGAAGCAGGACGCCCACAGCGGCGGCUUUGGCGGCCAGAUCUCGGAGCCGAUGAUCGACAUGGUGAACAUCAUGGCGUCGCUGGUGGACUCGAACGGAAAGAUCUUGAUCCCCGGCAUCUACGACAACGUCCAACCCGUCACGGAAAAGGAGUACGAGAGCUACAAAGAGCUCAACAUCUCCGAGGACUCUUUGUACGGCGGUACGGGGGGGAGAAGUCUCCACGACAACCAGGCCGAUGCCCUGAUCGCUCGAUGGAAGAAGCCGUCCCUUAGCCUCCACCGGAUCGAGAACGCGUUGCCCGGCGCCGGGGCUGUCACCUCGAUCCCUGCCAAGCUGGUUGGAAAGUUCAGCAUUCGGACCGUGCCCUUUAUGAAGGCGGAGGAGAUCGACGUAAUCGUGCGGAAGCACAUCCAAGACCGGUUCGCCAGCCUCGGAAGCAAGAACGACAUCGAGAUCGAGGCGUACCCGAGCGACUGGUUCUACGAGGACGCCGGCCACUGGAACUACGAGGCGGCGAUCCGGGCAACACGGAAUGUCUGGGGCGUCGACCCGGCCAUGACGUGCGAGGGUGGCAGUAUACCCAUCGCCCUGGACUUCAAGAAGAUCCUGAAGAAAAACGUCCUGUUGCUUCCCGUUGGGAGGCCCACGGACGGGCAGCACAGCACCAACGAAAAGCUUGACAAGAGCAACUAG